AUGGCUCUCGGAAUACUGGAGCCCAGGACGGAGCAUGUCCCAGGCACUGUUCAAGUCACCCGUAGGAGCGACAGCGAUUCGUCCUCAUCGCGGACAACAAUCCUUGUGCCGCAGCCCACAGAUGACCCGAAUGAUCCAUUGAACUGGCCACUCUGGCAACGCGAUGUCAUCCUCGUAAUCCUCUGUAUCGUCUCUGUCCUCGCGACUACCGCCUCACCCCUUCUAGCCGCCGACUCGGUCGAACUCGCGCUCAAGUUUCAGUGCACAUUUGAGGAAGCAGCUCUUCUCACAGCAUACCACCUAGCUGGUGUUGGUGUGGGAAGCUUACUAUUCGUUCCGCUUGCAAGAGUUUGGGGAAAGAGGCAUGUGUUCCUGAUCGGUGCAGUGCUCAUGAUUGCGAGCUCCACCUGGGGAGGAUCCACACACAUGGGACACAACUACACGAGUUUGUUGUGGGCACGAGUGAUUCAGGGAAUCGCCUUGGCACCGUUUGAGUCACUCAUCAACGCAUGCGUGGGAGACCUCUAUUUCGUCCACGAGCGUGGUCUGCGCAUGGCAUUUGCGAACGUCUCGCUCUUUGGCGGAGCGUUCCUGACUCCAGUGUUUGUUGGUAUGAUUGCCCAUGACAUUGGUUGGCAGUGGUCGUUCUACUUUAUUGCCAUCUUCAUGGGUGGUGGCUUCUUACUGCUUCUGUUCUUGUGCCCGGAAGUCGCGUACCGUCGACCCGAUCGCCUGAACACAGAUAUGACGACCAGCAGUUCGGAUUCACUGGAUGGAAAUGCCCCCUCCUACGACGAAAAAUCACCCAACGAACAAGUUGUUGCCAGAGUCAGAGGCAAUGCAUGGAAACCUCUGCGUAUUGCCCCCUUCAACGGACGCAAAAGUGACGAGUCGUUCUGGAAGCUGUUCCUGCGACCAUUUCCACUGUUCUUGCACCCAGCUGUCAUUUGGGCUUGCUUGCUCCAGGGUGUGAUCAUAGGCUGGACUGUGAUGGUAGGAGUCAUCCUGUCACUAAUCUUCCUCGGACCUCCAUUGUUUUUCGACGAAGAACAAGCUGGCAAGAUGUACACCGCAGCAUUCAUUGGAAGUAUACUCGGUCUCUUGAUUGCAGGAGUCUACACUGAGCUCACUACACGUUUCAUGGUCCGACGUAACAAUGGAAGAUACGAGCCUGAGUAUCGAAUCCUGCUCGUCAUUCCUACCCUCAUAUUCGCUGGCAUCGGACUCUAUGGCUUCGGCAUCACAGCGGCCAAAGUAGCACGCUAUGGCUGGAUUGUACCGGAAGUGUUCCUCGCGUUCAUCGUUGCUAGUAUGGUCAUGGGCGCCACAGCCUCGGCGCAGUACUUACUCGAUGCACACAGAGACAUUGCAGUCGAAUCGUUCACAUGUUUGAUCAUUUUCAAAAACAUGUUUUCGUUCAUUCUGGCGUACUUUGCUUAUACCUGGGUCUUCGAAGGAGGCAUUGAGAGGCUGUUCAUCGUAUUUGGCAGUAUCGAAGUCGCCAUUUGCGCAUUGAGCUUGCCCAUGUACGUGUUCGGCAAGAUGAGUCGCGAAUUCUUCCAUCGACAUGAUUUGUUGCAGAUGUUUGGGUUGAGAUGA